AUGAUGUAUUUAAAAUAUUUAUUGGCAUUCGCCAUCACUGUUGUUGUGAUGGCUGGUGUAUGCUCAUCGGGUGCCACACCUUCGGUAUCGAUUGGCGAGGACUGGUCGGUACCUUCAUGGGUAACUCAAUAUCCAAACUCUGGUUUCUUCUCAGAGUCGGCCACUACAAAGCUCAACAUUAAUGUUUCUGUGUUUGAUAUUGCCUGGCGUCAAGUCAAUCCAUCGCAAGGUGUCUAUGCUACCAACAUCCCAGGACAAGUCAAAGACCUUGUACUUGACUCGUUUGCCGAACAAAACUCAACGACCAAACCAUUCUGGAUGCGUAUCUGGGCAAGUGGUGCACUGUGGGCUCCAACUUGGAUUCAAUCCUACUGCAAUGUUGGUGUGAUUGGUGUUGACUAUGAUGGAGAGGGACAUCUUCCAAUUUGGAACCCAUGCGUUUGGGGUCAACUCAAGCAACUAUACAGAUAUCUAUUCAUUACCAACAACAUGAGAGCUGAUCCCAGAUUGAAGUUUAUUUAUGUUCCAGGUGCUUUCAAUUGGUGUGAGUUUGACUUUGACAUCAUUGGCAACUUCUCAACAAAGACUGGAUAUACCUACACCGAAUUCAACACAUGGUUCCAACAAGCAAUGCAAGACCUUGUAAACAUCUUCAAUGGAGAGAACACUGAUCCAUCUGAUGACUAUGCUUACAAGUUGGUCUACACUGGAGAGGACUUCCCAUUUGAUGUUGAUCAAUGGCCUCAAGCAAAGAACUUCUUGGCACGUGAUGCUGUCCAGAAGGGAAUGGGAAUUAGAACUGGUAUCACUGAGUUGUCAAACUUCCAUUUGUCCCAGAUACCAGCAUAUGGAUAUACAAUUGAUCCAAAUGGAUAUCUUGUGUUGAACAAGUCUUGGCCACUUCAACAGAACCCCAAGAGAGUGAUUGCCACGGAGAAUGAAUGCUACAAUGCUUGUGGAUUCAAGGUGUCAGCUGCCAACCUAUUCUACGCCGUCAAGAUGUCCAACCUCAAGGCCAUCCAGAUGGGUGUCAACUGGUUGUACGUUGUUGCCACCGACAGCUACAUUGCCAAGUACGCCGCACAUUGGAACUGGGUGCGCUUGGAGAUUGGCAAGAGUGCCAGCCAGGCAUACGAUGCAUGGGCACAGCUACGUAGUGCACAGGAUACAUUCUGGUCUGGAAACAGCUACCCAUUGACAUGGAAGGGCAUGCCCUACGUGAACAACUAUGAGCGCUACUUGACUCAGAGGGAUGUCGCUCCAGGUGCCGUCACAGUCAAGGGAACGACAAAGUACAGCAAGAUAUUGGACCCAACAAAUGGUAUUGCCUAUGAGGGCAGAGCAACAAACUUGACAAGUGGAAACAAUGCCAUUGUGUUCUACUUGGAUGAUGAGUUUGUGUCGCCCGCCAACCAGGCUGCUACCCCAGUCACUAUCAAGGUCACAUACCUUGACAAUCAGGACACCACUUGGGCUUUGCAAUAUAUCAAUGUUGCUGGAGUGCUUACGGUAACCGAUCCUGUUGUACAAGCUGGUCUUACCAAGAACUUGACCACAGCAUCAUUCAGUAUCACUGAUGCCGUCUUCAAGAACACUGUCCAACCAGGCAACAGUGACUUCAAACUUCUUGUAACCGGUACCAAGAAUAUUGAGAUAUGGUUCAUCAGAGUUAUCAAACAGACACCAUUUUUAAUCAAUAAA